AUGCCUGGCCUAACUCGUUCUAUCAGCGUAAAGCGCAAGCUCCGCGCCGACGAGAACCUGGUCGUCGAAGACUACGAGAAGCACGUCGCUGACUGCUUUAAAUGCCUAAAUGGCCCCCUCUGCGGCAAAGGAGCUAGCUAUGCCCGCACUCUAGACGAAUACCUCUACAGCUCCAAGGGCAAGCACUACUCAAAGGUCGACACCCAGAACGGCAAGGACACCCGUGUAAAGCUCCCCAACGAAGCCUACGCCGUGCGCAAUCUCCUUGCUGCCCUGGAGAAAGGCAUGCGAUUGCCAAAGAAGGUUAUUAUUGUGCAGCCCGACCAAGCACUCAGCUACGACGAAAACGAAACACUCAGCUACGACCGAACGUAUCCUGUGAAGGCUCGGAAGCCCGGUCGCGGCUCCUUGUCACUCGAUCGCCCCUCCACACCAACCGCCACGUACAAGAUUAUUGAGCGAGCUCCUCGGACCUCACGCUCCCCCGUCUCGAUCACAUACCGGGAACCAGGCGGUUCACCCAACCGUUCAACAUCCAUCCGUGGCUCGCUGUACAACAGCGAUUGUGAGGAGCGCGUGGAGCGCGUGGAGCGCCGGCACAAGACGCCGCAUCAGUCCGCCAAGUACCACCAUUGA